AUGGUAUGGACCUCAGAAGAAACGCAGAUCGUGGUUGCGGCCGCGAUCUGUACUCUUCAGGUUCUCAUCCGCUCGUUUGUGCGUAUUGGCGGGACGUUGAAAUGGUUCCCUACUAUGCAGCAGCAGAGGUGGCAUGCCGAUGAUAGCUGGAUGGUUGCCUCUCUCUUCCCCUUGCUACUCCGGACCGUCUGCAUGUCCUGGAACUUUUCCCUAGAGAAGCCGCUCUCACAGAAAGAUGAAGAGCUGUUUCAAAAGCUUGUCAUGACGGCUCGUUUAACUUAUGCAAUGUUAGCUAUUCAAAUUCUCCGUGCAUUCAUUUUUUUGACAUUCAUCAUCAUCGUCCUUGCGACCUUACUUGAAUGCCGGCCUAUAUAUGUGUAA